ACCAGUACUGGUAAAAGUUAAUUCUAAAGAAGGUAAAAAUUUUGCGAUCAAAAUGACAUUUUGUGGGACGGCUUCGAAAUGGGCAAAGAUUGGCUUAGUGUUCCAGUACAUCGGAUUGGCAUUAUUUUUGUCAGGAUUUGGUACUAUAGGAUGGAUGAUAACCCAAACUGUUCAGAAUAACAAAGAUAUCACAGUGGGACUGUUCAAAAUGAUCGAUUGUUCUUCGGGAAGUUGUUCAACAUCGGACAUAUCAUCACAAUAUCAAAACAGUGGUAGGGACCCCACCCUCGGAUUGAUGAUCGUGGUAAUGAUUGCUGCGGUUCCUAUCACCGUUCUGUACAGUAUUUACGUUGCCACGGACGCUGCUAGAUCAAAAUGUUUAGCAUUAACCAUUAUUUGUAUGUCAUUCGCUGCAGCUAUAUUUGCUGUGAUCGGAAUGAUUGUGUAUGCGGUACUUUUACCGACCGAUUUUUAUACAUCCUACUCCUUGGGUCUGGUCACGCUAGCUGCUGGCCUCUUUGCUACGGCUGCAUGUUUACUUAUACCAGACAUACGUAAUAACAUUUACAAGACUACUAAACGUCGAGUUACACCACCACCACCUUCACCAAGUUUACCACCCAUAGAAAGUCCCCCUCCCAAAUACAGGUACAGGGAACGCACGCCCGAGUACUUUAGCCCGAGUCCCCCUCCGAAGAAAAGAGGGUAUUGGGAGUAUAAAGAAUAUGAGACCCCACGUCCAAAGGAACGUCGAACUCCACGCGAAGUUGUGCGAGUGCAUUUACGUUCCACGACUCCGCUGUCCGUAGGCAACCUAUCCACAACGUCCACUCCACGUCGCUAUGGAACACCACCAUCGGUCCAAAGAUACGACUACAAAGCCAGAUAAACGAACUAGUUUACAACUUUAGUUGAAGCUAUUUCGUCUAAAUCACUAGCGAUAGAUUGGAAGUGUUUGGUUUUUGCGACAUUGGU